ACUAUAUGAAGGUAAAGAACUGACAGAAUUUGAAGAAGCCAUGAGGAGACUUUUUGAGUCAAUCAACAAUCUGAUGAGAAGUCAACAUAAAACAGCUAUUUUAUUACAGAUGGCUGCCUUGAAGUAUAUUGCAUCUGUUCUCCAAGAUGUAGAAACAGUCUUUGAUGUCAGAUUGCUCAGCCAGCUUUUACAUGAAUUUUUCACCUGCAUUCCAGCAAAGUUGCAGAAGCAAAAAGUUCAAUCAAUGACAGAAAUUGUACACAGCAGUCUCUUUAAAAAACAAGAAUGUAGAGAUAUCCUCCUCCCGGAAAUUACCAAAGAACUGAAGGAAUUACUGGAUCCAAGUGUUGAAAUGCAAAUUAUACCACAAGACAAAAAAUAUUGCAUUGAAUUACUCAACAGCAUCCUAGAAGUUCUCAGCUGUCAAGAUGCAGCAUCAACCUAUCAGCACAUACAAGAAAUAAUGAUCCAGUUGCUGCGCAUCAUUAACAGGACUGUCAUUAGAAUGGGAAGAGAUGACCCCUUAAUCGUGAGUCAUUCAUUUUGUAAAUGUACUUUAUUACCGGGGCUUGGGAUCAGAGAUGGAUGGUGGCUAAAUCUUACUAAAAUGCCAUUUGUUUGGUUACCUAUAGAGAAUAAGAAUUUCCUCCGAGAUGCCUUGGCAGAAUUCCAAAUUAAAGUGGAAAAUAAUCUCACCUUCUUUCAAACCUUUGCUAUACAGAUAAUUGGUGUGCAAGAGGAAAGUUAG